GAGAAGACAGAGGCAUAGGCUGCAGUGUCAUCGGAAUCAAUCACGCUCUCGAUCGUAUCAAACGCGUAGCAGCAAAGCGGGGCUCACGAUCCGGGGAGUCAACGGUAGCAGUGAGGCAUGAUCUCCCAGUUCUUCGUGCUUUCUCAGAGGGGAGACAGCAUUGUCUUCCGCGACUAUAGAGGAGAUGUACAAAAAGGAAGUGCAGAGAUUUUCUUUCGCAAAGUUAAGUUUUGGAAAGAAGAUGGGGAAGAAGAAGCACCCCCUGUAUUUGUAGAAUGUGGAUGGUGUAAAUUACUUCCAUGUGAAGGUUGUUGGUCUGCUUUUUGCUGCAACUACGAGGACCAACGUCUCACCUUCUCUGGUGCUGGAGGUUCUACAGAGGAUUGCACGUGUUACCAAAGAUUACCUUGGCAUUCUGAAUGAAGAUUCCUUGAGAAAGAAUUUUGUACUUGUGUACGAGCUACUUGAUGAAGUUAUUGAUUUUGGUUAUGUCCAAACAACAUCUACUGAAGUAUUGAAGUCCUACAUAUUUAAUGAGCCAAUUGUUGUUGAUGCUGGUCGUUUGCCACCAGUUGGCCCUGCUGCUAUGUUCAUGCAAGGGACAAAAAGAAUGCCAGGGACAGCUAUUACCAAAUCUGUCGUAGCAAAUGAACCAGCCGGUAGAAAGAGGGAGGAAAUUUUUGUGGAUAUAAUUGAGAAAAUAAGCAUUACAUUCAGCUCAAGUGGAUAUAUAUUGACUUCUGAAAUUGAUGGCACCAUUCAAAUGAAGAGUUAUCUUACUGGCAAUCCAGAAAUCAGAUUAGCUCUUAACGAGGAUCUGAGCAUAGGCAGCGGUGGGGGAUCAAUAUAUGAUUAUGGUGGCUCUUCUGGGUCAGGAGCAGUUAUAUUGGAUGAUUGCAAUUUCCAUGAAUCUGUUCAUCUUGAUAGUUUUGACAUAGACAGAACCUUGACACUAGUCCCCCCUGAUGGUGAAUUCCCUGUCAUGAAUUACCGUAUAACCCAGGAAUUCAAGCCUCCUUUUCGAAUCAAUGCUUUGAUUGAAGUAGCUGGAUCACUCAAGGCUGAAGUAAUUUUGAAGAUUCGAGCUGAGUUUCCAUCAAACAUAACUGCAAAUACUGUGGCAGUGCAGAUGCCUGUGCCAGCAUAUACAUCCAGGGUUAGUUUUGAGAUGGAACCUGGAGCAGUUGGACAAACAACUGAUUUCAAAGAAUCCAAUAGGAGACUUGAGUGGAGUCUGAAAAAGAUUGCGGGUGGUUCCGAAUGUACACUGCGUGCCAAGCUAACAUUAUCACAAGAAUCACAUGCAAAUAUCACAAAGGAAGCGGGACCUGUAAGCAUGACCUUCACCAUUCCCAUGUACAAUCCUUCAAGGCUUCAGGUGAAGUAUUUACAGAUUGCAAAGGCAUCCAAAUCUUACAACCCAUAUAGGUGGGUGCGGUAUGUUACGCAGGCCAAUUCUUAUGUGGCUCGUAUAUGAUUUAUAUAUUGAUGAUGAUAGAAGGUGGUUUGCGGGUGAAUACACCUACUCGUGUAGAGCUGCAACUAGUCCCCCCCACUUGCCUCCCCCUCCCUUUGUUUUCUCAAGAAUUUCCGAAGAAGAUCAUUUUGUUAUAUAUAUGCUUUAUCAUCAUUUGUCUUACUGAAUUAGUUUUUGUAUGUACUUUAUUUUUUUCAACAAUUUGUUGUAAUUUUUAUUGUUUGAACUCAGAGUAUUUGAAAUCAGUAUAAUGUUGAUGAGAUUUUAAAUAAUUAAAUUUGUUCUGUUUUU